CUCCGGUCGUCCCUGGAUUUUUCACCAAGGCCCGGACAGCAACGCUUAGGGACGGUGCCCAUGCAGGAUGAAUCUCCAUGAUGCGGAUGAGCGGCCCUUGAAGAAAAGGCGCUUUUUCGUGGAUGAAGAAGAUGUUGCCUCCCCACCGACUAACGAUCCUAUUCCCGCAAAUCUCGACACCUCUGCUUCUUCGUCCUUGAACGAGAGCAAUGGAGUUGAAACUCAAGAUAUAGCAUCCGAGAACACUCAACUCAACGGAUCGGUUUCUUUCCUCGAUGGAUCCUUGCGAAACGAGAGCCAUGCCGUUCCCCGUGAGGAGAAAGAUGUUGCACAUGCAGAACGCCACACUGCGGAUUUGACGGCGGAAACAUGCGGGCAGGUCUCCGAUGGAUUUGAUACAGCGACGUUCACAAGUAUUGUCGGAGAACAUCUCUCUGCAGACUCCUUGCAGAAGAUUCGAAAUGCAGCCGGCGGUGACCUCGAGAGGGCAGUCAACAUCUAUUUCGAUGGUUCGUGGAAGAAUUCCCCUGUCAAUGGAGCUCGGAAUCAGACAACCCUCACAUCUCGCCAACGGUCGCUUCCUGUACAGCCACCAAUGAACACAGAGCCCUCGCUGGCAGCAUCGCAAUUACACACCGAGAGUCCUGCAGCAGAUAAGCCGCUUCGCCGUGCAACUCAGCCCUCGCAGAGAUAUAUAGGUGCAUUUGGCGUGGGAGGCUGGGCCACAAGGAGUGGAACAGGAAUACUCAAACAUGGGGAUCAUGUCAACAUUGAUCGUACACGAUCUCAGCCGAUCUCCAAGCGCAAUCGCGCGGGGAAACUCAUUGCCAAUCAGAAAGGCGACGUUCUCACGCGGUUCACCACUAAAUCCGGUCAGGAAAUCGGAAGGCUGCCUCGGGAGACGGCUGAGUGGGUAUCGACUCUAUUAGACCAGAAGGUGUGCAAGUUCGACGCUGUAUGUGUAUACGCGCCUGACCGGAUCCGAGUGAAUGACACCAUAUAUUUGCAAUUGUGGUGCUAUUUGCGCAUCGAGGCAUUUCAGCCUCGGAUCCUUGAUGAAGCAGUUGAUGAUAACAGAUCGAUCGCUUACUUCGAGGAGAAAGAAAGUACCGAGGAGAAGCGGUUGCGCCUUCGUCAAGUGGCUCUGGUGAAACUCUUCGAUGAAAUUGGCCUCCAACCGUCAUCCAUCAAUGACAUGACACGGAAUCACAAGAAAGAAGGAUUGCUUCGUGCGGCAGAGAUGUCGGAACAGUACGAGCGAGUGAAAAAGGAAAACCAGACAAACAACGGCUCGUCAGAAGAGGAGGAUACCCCGGAGCUCGAAGAAGACCAGCUUGAUACGCUCUACAAGAAGGCUCAGUCUUUCGACUUCAACAUGCCUGAGGCGGAACCUGCGUCAUCGUUCACGAUGAAUCUUCGAAAAUACCAGAAGCAAGCGCUGUACUGGAUGCUCGCCAAGGAGAAGGACAAUAAGUCUGGGAGGGAGACAUCGCUGCAUCCACUAUGGGAAGAGUAUACCUGGCCGUCUAAGGAUGUUGACGACAAGGAUCUCCCGGCUGUAGAGGGUGUUGACCAGUUUUAUGUGAACCCGUACUCUGGAGAGUUGAGCAUUGAGUUCCCAGUACAAGAACAGCAUUGCCUCGGAGGUAUCCUGGCAGACGAAAUGGGCCUGGGUAAGACGAUUGAGAUGCUCAGCUUGGUCCACUCCCAUCGAGUUGCCCCACAGAACCCUGGCGAUUUGGUGAGGCUACCCCAGUCGUCUGCUGGGGUCGUCUCUGCUCCGCAUACUACCCUCGUCAUCGCACCCACGUCCCUCCUGGCACAGUGGGAGAGUGAGGCCUUGAAGGCUUCGCAGCCGGGAACGAUGAAAGUGCUGAUGUAUUACGGGGCGGACAAGAACAUUAAUCUCAAGGAGCUGUGUGCUGCAGGCAAUGCGGCUGCCACCAAUCUGAUCAUCACCAGCUACGGGGUUGUCCUCGCGGAAUACCGCCAGCAUGUAUCCACAUUGUUCUCUUCCGUCGCCCCCGGUGGUCUGUUCUCAGUGGACUUCUUCCGUAUUAUCGUCGAUGAAGCUCACAUGAUCAAGAACCGCCAGUCCAAGACAGCAAAGGCGUGCUACGAACUCAAGGCAACACACAGAUGGGUGCUUACAGGAACCCCAAUUGUCAAUCGCCUUGAAGACCUGUUCAGCCUCGUGAGAUUCCUCAAGGUCGAGCCCUGGAACAAUUUCUCUUUCUGGAAGACGUUUAUCACAGUUCCUUUCGAGUCCAAGGACUACGUGCGCGCUCUGAACGUAGUGCAAACCGUCCUUGAGCCUCUGGUGCUCCGACGUACUAAAACAAUGAAAACCCCGGAGGGUGAGCCUCUGGUGCCUUUACCGCGUCGAACCAUUACGAUUGAGGAAGUCGAACUUCCAGAGCAGGAACGGGAGAUUUACGAUCUCAUCUAUACCCGGGCCAAGCAGACAUUCAAUCACAACGUUGAAGCCGGUACUUUGUUGAAGUCGUAUUCCACCAUUUUCGCACAGAUCCUCCGUCUCCGGCAGACAUGCUGUCAUCCCAUCCUCACUCGCAACAAAGCCAUCGUUGCGGAUGAGGAAGACGCGGCCGCGGCCGCCGAUGCAACCGCCGACCUCAAAGACGACAUGGACCUACAAGAUCUCAUCGACCGCUUCAAGGCAACCACAGAAGCAGUCGAAUCCAACGAGCCCCAAGACCCCAUGGCCAAAUUCACCGCUCACGCGCUGAAGCAGAUUCAGAACGAGUCCAGCGGCGAAUGUCCUAUCUGUGCCGAAGAACCCAUGAUCGAUCCUGCAGUCACAUCCUGCUGGCAUAGCGCAUGCAAGAAAUGUCUAGAAGACUUUAUCCGCCACCAGACCGACAAGGGCGUGCCCCCUCGAUGCUUCUCAUGCCGGGCGCCCAUCACAUCCCGGGACAUUUUCGAGGUGAUCCGCCAUCAAUCUAAUUCAUCACCCCCCGACAACGACAUAUACAACAGUACACCACCAACAGCCUCCCAAGCCUCUCCCCGAAUCUCCCUCCGACGCGUCAACCCCCUCUCCCCCUCCUCACACACCUCCGCCAAGAUCCACGCCCUCCUCGCCCACCUCACCCGCGUCCCCUCCAACACCAAAUCCGUCGUCUUCUCCCAAUUUACCAGCUUCCUCGACCUCAUCGCCCCGCAACUCACCCGAGCCGGAAUCCCGCACGUCCGUCUCGACGGCACAAUGCCCCAAAAGGCCCGCGCCGAAACCCUCGCCCAAUUCAACCGAGACAACACCUUCGACCAGGACGAGAUCGACGCAGCAGAAGCCACAGAUCUCCCUCGUCACUCGCGCACCAGACCCGCCCCCUCCACGCCCCCUCCCAAAGUCCUCCUCAUCAGUCUCCGCGCCGGCGGCGUCGGCCUGAACCUCACAACAGCAAGUAAUGUCUUCAUGAUGGAUCCCUGGUGGAGUUUCGCGAUCGAAGCUCAAGCUAUUGACCGUGUUCAUCGAAUGGGUCAACUCCGGGAUGUGAACGUGACGCGCUUCGUGGUGAAGGAUUCCAUUGAGGGUCGGAUGCUGCGCGUCCAGGAACGGAAGAUGAAUAUUGCGGGGUCGUUGGGGCUCCGGGUGGGUGGGGAUGGAUCGGAGGAUGAGAAGAAGAAAGAGCGGAUUGAGGAGUUGAGGUUGUUGUUUGAGUGAAGCAACUGGGUUGGAGUUUAUUGUUGUUGGUAUAUGUAUGAUGAUGAUGAUGAUGAUUGAUACCUUGGUGGUUUCGGGUCAGGAUUCUUUUGAUAUAGAUUGGUGUAUAGCAUGCAUAUGAUCGCGAGGUAUGAUUACUGAUUGUAUAGGUGAUCGGUAUAAUUAGCUAAUCCUACCAUGCAGAGAGAGAAGUUUCAAGAAUCUCUCUGCUCGAUACGAAAG